CAUUGGGGAUGAUCACGUUAAAGAUGACGUGGAAAGAAGGGAGCUGAAAAUGUAUGAAAAGCGUGUCAACAUUUCUUAAGCAAUCAAUAGCUACUAGUCAUUUAAUGUCUCCUCUCUUCUCCUAGUUCAAACGCACUACUAGUCUCGGCUAUCGUUCUCCGAUCAAUCGGCGGCCUAACAGUUGUACCUCCUUACCGUAGUCCAGUGAUCUUUACCCUAGAUAAUUAGCUGAUAUCCCCCGUCACUCAGGUGUUAAACAAUUUCCUGAACAUGGAGAAAGAGAAGGCCAACGACAAAAUACUCAGCUACAAUGAUGUUGUUCUGAGGCGGUCAGAUCUUGAUAUUCUGAGUGGCCCCUAUUUUCUCAAUGAUCGGAUAAUCGAAUUCUACUUUAGCUACCUCACAUCCUGCUAUACGUCCGAGGACAUCCUCCUGGUGCCACCUUCAAUUGCUUUCUGGAUAAAAGAGUGCCCGGACAGUGCAAGCCUCAAAGAUUUCGUAGAGCCCCUUCAUAUGUCUACAAGAAAGUUGAUAAUAUUCCCAAUCAACGACAACGAAGAUGUGACUAGGGCAGAAGGCGGGAGUCAUUGGAGCUUACUCGCAUUUGAGAGACAAACUAAUGCAUUUGUGCAUCAUGACAGCAGCCAAGCAGGCUUCAAUAAUGCAGACGCUGAGAGGGUGUACAAAGCUGUAGUUUCGUAUACAGCAUCUGGAGCCACUUAUGUGGACUGCCCGAGUUCCCCAAAGCAAGUGAACGGAUAUGAUUGUGGCCUUUAUGUCACAGCCAUUUCAAGAUCAAUCUGUGCCUGGUACGUCAGCGAGGCACCAAAGGAUAUGCAGAACUUGUGGUUCUCGACAAUCAAAGAGCAAGUGACUCCGUUGCUUGUGUCUAACAUGCGACGUGAAAUCCUUGAUCUUGUGCGGAGCCUUAUGGCUAAGUGAUGAAAGCUGUGCUGGGAAUGGAUGCCCGUGUUAUGCAACACUUCAGUUUUUAUUUUAUAAACUAAGAAUCAUUCACCCUUUAAAUUAUAAAGAUUUACAGUAGGGACUCAUCAUGUUGUUGCAUAAAUUCAUGAUCAUGGAUUUGAAUUCCGUAGAUAACCAACCAAAUUUCAAAUUUUGAGUUUAUAUAUUUAUCCCAC